AUGGAGUAUGUUUGAGCUUUUUUAGGGAAUAAGGAUUCUUUUGGAUGUUACUUUAUGUGGAGAUACUUACAAUUGUUUUAGGAAAGAAAUUUCUUUUGUUUUAGCUUUGGAACUUUCAGUUUUGACUGUUUUUUUUUGGCAAAAAUUCACUUUUAACUUGUUUUUUAAACAUUUUUGUAAAUUUAGAAAUUUUUGUUAACUUUGGGUCGUGAUGUAUAGUAUUCGCUUUCCUCACCACCUCUGCCAUCCUGACUAACCCUUCUCACAAUUUUAGAAACCGAAAAACUACAGCAAAAAUGAGCGACAAAUCCUACACCGAGGCUGCCAAGGAGAAGGUACAGAACGCCUACGACAGCGUCAAGGACACUGCCCAAAACGUCAAGGACAAGAUUGUUGGCGAGCCGGACAAGGAGGACAAAGCUGCCGACAAAGUCAAGGAAUGGACCGACAAGGCCGCUGACAACGCUAAGGACAUGAGGGACAGUGCUGGUAAGUUUGAAAUUUAAAAUUUGGGGAUGGUGGUGGGUGGGAAGGAAGUUUUGGACUAAAUUUGAACUUUACUUUGAAAGGUUUGAAAUUGGGCCUUGUUAUAUUGUAGCCUUUAUUGUGGUUUACAGACAAGUAAUUAGGCUGUUCAAAUAAUUGUGGGCCUCCACUUUGAAAAUUUCUUUUGUGAAAGGGCUCAUAAUUACUUGAACAACCUAAUAGGUGAUCUAUACAACAUAAUAAUGGCAAAAAAGGGACCCAUUACAAAAUGAAUUAUAUAAUCCAUGCUCAUGUUUAUCAAAUUUCAGGCGACAAGCUCCGUGAAGCCGGCAACAAGUGCAAGUAAAUGCCUUGAACUCCAACCAUGAUCUACGACGAUUCACGUGAAUCCAGCUGAAAAUUCUCUUAUGCUAAAAUAUUCCAGUCGACUUGUAAAUAAUCUCCUGUUUUUGAAUUUCUAAAGUAAAAUAAAUUUAAAUUUCUUGUAUCUUUUGGCAUUUUGAUUUGAUUUUGAGCUUAAUAAGCGUUUUUGAGUUAUAACUUUUGCUCAUGCUACUUUGUGGGACUUAGGGUUAAUUUUGAUACUCUUAGAUUUGAAGAGUAGUCUUUAGUGUUCGAAAACAGUUAUUGUGUUGUAUUACAUCUCUUACAAUUUAGGGUCUAUAGCCUUUGGUACUAUAAAGAAACAAGGAGAUAGUUUUUGGUGCUAUAUUUUUGUAACUUCUUGGGCUAUUGCGUACUAUUUUACAGGGUCUACAGGUAGUUUUAGGUACUUUUUUUAUUCUAUUGACCGGGUUUUGGUACUCUAUUUGGUUUUAUAUAUUUCACUCUUAUUUUGGUGUUAUAUAGUUGUAUAGUACUAUCCAGUACCAGACAGUAUUAUGAAAUUUUUUUUUCCUUAGUAUCAUACAAUGCUGCACAGUAUGAUUAAAAUAUUUGUUUUUUACAAUACAGUACAUAGCAGUGUCAUGAAAAUGUUUUCCCUAGUACUAUACGGUAUUAAACAGUACCAAUAAAAUAUGUUCUUACUAUUACUAUACAGUACUAAUAGUACCAUGAAAAAAUGGGUUUCCUGUUUGUAAACCCGUUGUAGACUUGCUUGAUAAGUUUUUACUAGCCUACAUAACCUUGAUAUUGACUGCAAACUUUGGUCUGGUACACUACGUUCUAUUCAACUACUAACUAUAGGUUUUGAAAAAAUGGAUGUAGAGUAGAAUCAAUGACCUCUAGAUUCAAGUACUAUUAAAAAGGAUGAAGGUUUACGUUAGACUACACUCUAUACAAGACUACAACCCUCUUAACUAUACUACAACAGCCAAGGCUAUAAAAGAUUAAAAAUUUGAUAUGUUAAUCUUCAGAAACAGUGAUAAAUUGUCUUCUCUUUAUUGACAAUAUAACUUCUUUAUCAUUUUAAAACGCUUUUUCAAUCGUACAUUUCAACACACUGACCAAUCGUACAGCCACUAUAUAUAAAGAUAGAUAUCAGUGUUGUUUCAUCACUGAACGGCUAACAAGGAUAAAAUACUAGCUGAUCACUAAGUUUUUAAAUGAUCAGCGACCAAAACCCCUUAGCACAUGAGCCGAAUCUCUUCAGCCCUUUAUUACGUGCCGGAUUAUUGUUUUGCCUGAAAAGUGUUCGGAUCAAUGGCCAGAAAUGACAGUAAACAUCAUUAGCAGAUUGGAAAACAAAAAAUAUCUUAUAGUUUGUUUAUCACUGAUGCACACAACUUAUUUACUAUGACAAAUAGUUUUUAGACUAGUAUUAUAAAAGCUGGAAAAUGUUUGACAAAUCGAGAAUUAAAAAAUAAAAUUUUGGCUUCAAGCUUGAACGGUCUAUAAAUUUAAAGAAUGGCAUUAAAGAAACUUAAAAUUUUUUGUUUUUCAACUAACUAAUAAUUAAAACGCUGUAUAACCGGUCCACGGCCCCAAAUGCCCAGCCUAGGCCUUUCAAGAAAAGGUUUGACUUAGUUACUGCUAAACGCCUUCGUUCUGAAAUCAGAGUUCGCUGAUGCCCGGAAGCGGACGUUGGCCUUUAGAAUUGAAACGGGGGAGCGGGCUCACUUGGACCGGCCCUAACUCGACCGAAAAAAAAUUUGAAAGGGGCUAGGCCCGCACAUGAGCCUGAUUCAAACCAAGGCUUCAUGGGAAUAUAGGUCCCGCAACGAAAGACUUCAUUUGAAAAAGUGUAAAAGAAAUUUGAUUUAAACGCUGUUUAUUGUAUUGUUGUAAACACAUUUUCCUGAACGUUUAUGCUGCAAUUUGUUUUGUUCGUUAGAACUGGAAGGGGACUUAGGCAUAGGUCCAGGCCAGCGCAAGUUUGAAAGGGGCCAAACCGACCCACAUAGGCCCGAGGGCCAAGGCUCAAACCAAUGACCUCUCUUUCGGCCAGGCCAAAAAAUGGGUCUGGUCCAGACUCUUUACAAGUCUACUCUCUGUAAACAUUUUACCCUAACCAAACUAGUAUAUUUUGAUGUUUGUUCGGCCGCGAUGGGAUGGCCAUAGUCACAUGUUGUUCAGCCCAUGCACAACUCUACUGCAAUAACAAGCUUUUCGAAAUACUGUGUGUUGAAAUAUGUUAUUCCUUGCACUUUGUUGUUGUUUCCAAUCGCACGUGGCUUCGAGAAGCCUCCGAAAUGGGCGGGUUGUUGACUUGUUUUGCGGAAAGGCAGGCCCUAUAAAUACGAAAUACUAAGGCUAUAUUUAACUUUCAUAUAACAAGAAAGAGAAAUAUUGUUUUUUGCGAAGAAAAUUUGAAUUUACGGUAAGUUUUUCGGUGGAUUUUUGGAAAUAAUCAACUAAGGGAGGUAGGAUAGGUAAUGAUAAGUUUCUACAUGAGAUGAUAAGUGUAAUACUAGAGCUUCGGGGGCGUUUUAAUCUGAAAGAAGUGGCGGGAGGAUGUAAAAACCUUUAUCUAAAUGCAAGCAAUCUUACUUUUGGAUCUAUUUUGACUAUUUUUUUUAAAAAACUUCACAAGGCGAACCAUUUUAAAAGUUUUUGACUUUAUAAAAAGCAUUGUAAUAGGUAAUAUACCACUUUUCAUUGUAACAAGCGUAUCUUACAUUGAAUUUGCUUGAAAUUUGGCAUUUUUAGUUUUGAAUAUCUUCUUCGUAACUAUGUGAAAACUCAUCCUAUUUUUUUUAUUUUCAACCGGUCGAAAAACGUAUUAGAAAUAGGGUAACCAUCAUAUUUUCUAGUGGUUGUGACAAACGUAAAAAAUAAUUUACUUUUUGAAAUUUGUUUCAAAAAUGCCUAACAAAAUCGAAUUGGAGGCUGUUUUGACCUACUAUGAAUUGAAGCUUUGAAAAAUCUUAAGAGUUUUUAAAAGUUUUUAACUCUAUUUUCAUGUGGAUUGUUUGGUAAAAUACGGGGUUAAACGACGUGAUUGUUCAUGUAACUUUAGGAAAAAUUCUGAACAAAACAAUUAUUUUUGAACAGUUGAAGAAAUUAUGCUUGUUAUAAGCAAUAAAUAUAUUUUCCCUCCCCUAACGUUCUGCUCCCAUAGUUUAUAAGUUUUUUGAAAAAGUUGGACCCCUUGUGGAUUUUUUAUCAAAAAAAAGUUGCUUGACCUCUUUCUUUUCAGAUUUAAACUGCCUGUCCGGAUCGUCUUAUCCUUAAUUUACAGUAGAUUAGAACCUACAAUAUUGACGUUAAAUCCAAAAAUUAAAUUCUUUAAAACCCUCUUUCCAGAACCUACAAAAAUGGAAAACGUUCAACAAAUCCUGAAUGA